AUGUCAAACUACCAAAGAUCAAAAUGGCGUCUUGCUGAAUUUGAAGAGUACCUCUCUCUUAGAGAUAUCAAGUUGAUGGAUUAUUCAUUCAUGGAACAAAGAGACAAAUGCAACUUGUUACAAUGCAAAAUGGUAAAAGGACAAUCCCCAGAAAUAAGGGCUGUUGUUAAAAUUGUCAAUUAUGAGAAUGAACCUGGAGAAGAUUACGGUUCGGAAAAUGAAAUUGUUGAAAGAGAAAAGAGUGCUUUUUACAAUUCUCAAUCCAAAGAGUAUUCAUGUGAAAUGUUUGAAUUCUUUAAAGGUGUUUAUUAUUGUUACACAUUAAUGAAAUUUUAUGAGGGAGGUAGUUUGGAUAAACUUUUAACAGAAGAUCUCAGUAGAGAAACUUGUAUUUUAAUUGCUUUCCAAAUAUCAAGAGCACUUGUUUCUAUUCACUCAGCAGAAGGUAAAAUUAUUCACAGAGAUAUCUCAGAGGAUAAUAUAUUCAUUGAGUCUUUUAAUAGAACUACUGGUAUCAUUAAAGUUAGAUUGGGUGACUUUGAGUUUAGCAUUCAAAUGGACCAGGACCUUAGUUAUCGAACAAUUGAGAGUAGUAUGCGUGUUGGUAAACCAGCACAUAGGCCACCAUUACAUAUGAAAAAUGGAAAGGAAGCAUAUGAGGUUGGUUCUAGCGGGGAUGUGUGGUGUUUUGGGGUAACAUUGUACAGAUUAAUUACCAAAGAUACUGAAACUUGUUUUAACAAGAAAUCAGAAUUUAAAAACCAACAAGAUAUUGAUAAUCACAUACUUCAAAACGGUAAAGAAGAAAUUAAGCAAAGAUUGGAAUCUUCAGGGUUACAAUUAUUGAUUCUAUCAUGUAUUAAGAUUGAAGAGCAUGAAAGAAUUACAGCAGCAACAAUGAGUGAAGCAGUUUCAUUCUUCGCAUAUGUUUUAGGUUUAAGUGAUCGAUCUUCUGAUACUAAAGUUGACAUAUUAGCUAGUCCUCAUGCCAACAAAACAGAGAAUGAAUUUCUAGACUCUAUUAGUCAACUUGAUGAUUCAUCUCUAAUUAAGUGUGUUAUUCAAGGAUGUUACUAUCAGAAAAAUAGGCAAUUUAAAAAGGCAAUCAUUUUCUUUGAGAAAUCUAUUGAAAUAUUUCCUUACUUCCAAUUAUCAUAUGAAAAAUUGGCAAAAUGUUAUUUUGACCAAAGUCGAAAAAUUGAUUCUAAAGAGGACAAUUAUGAGGAACUGAGAAAAAAUCUAUUACAAAAGGCAGAAAAAGUAAUAACAACGUGCAUUAAUUUAGAUCCUAAAUACUCUUGUGCCUAUUAUAGAAGAGGGUGCAUAUAUCUCAAAUUAGGCAUGACUGAUGAAUCAAUCAAUGAUUUCAAAGAAUGUGAGAGGUUAGGAUUUUGGAAUAUUGAUCAAGUAUAUCAUCAACUCUGCCUCAUUUAUCAACAUUUGGGAGAUAAGGACAAUGCGUUUUCCUACUUUUCAAAAUAUUCAUGUUAUAGACCAGACAAUGUUGAAUCACUAUUGAAAUUUGGUCAAUUUGUAUUGAAAGAUAAUCCUCAAUUCUCAGAAAAACUCUUUUCAGAAGCCUUACAACUUAGAGUGGAUAAGGAUAUUUCGAAACAAACUUUAAAUGACAAGAAAACAAGAAAAAUUCUCUCUUUGGAAGCUCAGGCACUUAAUUCUUUUCAUUUCAACAAAAAACAUGAUGAUUUGGAGAGUAAAUUUAAAGAAGCAACUUCAAUGUUGAACAAUUUAGAAGAACUUGAAAAAACUGAUCAAAGGUAUUCAAAAAGUAUGCUUAGUUUAUAUUUUCAAUUGAAAGAGCGUAGAGUAAUGAUAGCCAACCAAUUGAACAUAACUGAUCAGGAACAGUUAAAAAUGAUCUAUGAUGAUUGUUGCUUUCUCCUUGAAGAAGAUUCCUUAAAUGUUAAAAGAUACGAAAUGAAAUUGAAAUAUGCAAAAUUAUUAGGUAUUCCAUUUACAGUUUCUGAUGAAAAUUCCAUGAAAGUUUUAUACGGUAAGAAGGAAACUAUUUGGUCCUAUUGGUCUCGAUGGAUGUCAAGUUAUUGGAAACCUUAAAAUACUCUUUCAAAUCUCAUAGAAUUUCUGAACUAGUUCCAAAAAUUGAAUGUUUAAAUAAAUUAUCAUAAUAAAAAAUUGAAAAAAUGUC